AUGGUCGUAUAUGCGCUUUAUAUAUUUAACAAACACUCGCGCUGCGUGCACAGGCAGAAAUGGGAGCACAACCGGCAGCCAGCCAAGGAGCUGAGUGAGGAAGAGGAGGAGAAGCUAAUAUACGGGGUAGUGUUCUCGCUCAAGGGGCUAGUAAAGAAGGUGGCUGGGAAGUGA